AUGUCGGCGCUCCUCGAUCUGUUGAUGGGGAUCUUCCGCCAGCAGACCCUCGGCGGCGCCGCCCUCGAGCUUGCCGCGCUGGCCGCCCCGCUCUGGGUCGCCGUGCUCGUCGGCCUGCUCAUCGGCUGGGCGUGGCGCCCGAGGUGGGCGGGGGUCGUCGUCGGCGACAACGCCCAGCAGGCGGCGCAGCUUCCCGCGCCGCCUCCGCCCGCGCGCGCCACCGCCACCGCCGAGGCCUCCCGCCUCGACUCGCCGGCCGUCGUACCAAGGACCGUGGUGGCUCCCGUGGCGCCGGAGGAAGAGCAAUUGCCCGUCAACACCGGUGACUUGAUGCAACUCUGGCGGCUCGUCGAGGAGAAGGACGGUGGCCCAUCUUGGAUUCACAUGAUGGAGCGCACUCUGCCGACCAUGAGAUAUCAGGCUUGGCGGAGAGACCCACCGAAUGGUCCACCGCAGUACCGCAGUAGCACUAUCUUUGAGGAUGCAUCGCCAGAGGUUGUGAGGGAUUUCUUCUGGGACGAUGAGUUCCGGAUUAAGGACAGUUGGGACGACAUGCUUCUUCAGCAUGAGACACUGGAGGAGUGCACCAAGACUGGAACCAUGGUUGUCCGGUGGGUCAGGAAGUUCCCAUUCUUCUGCAGCGACAGAGAGUACAUCAUCGGUCGCAGGAUAUGGGCAUCUGGAAAGACAUUUUACUGUGUGACCAAGGGUGUGCCUCGUCCCUCUGUUCCAAGACAAAACAAACCUCGUCGUGUGGACUUGUACUACUCUAGCUGGUGCAUCCGUCCAGUUGAGUCAAGAAAAGGUGAUGGUGCUAUGACUGCAUGUGAAGUGCUCUUAUUCCAUCAUGAAGAUAUGGGGAUUCCGUGGGAAAUCGCAAAACUUGGCGUCCGGCAGGGGAUGUGGGGCUGUGUCAAAAAGAUUGAGCCUGGCCUUCGGGCAUACCAAGUUGCAAGGACCGCAGGAGAGCCUGUUUCAAAAUGCGCUGCCAUGGCACAUGUCACCACCAAAUUCAAUGCUGAUGAGCUCGUCCCAGAAGGCAACACCGAGUCCAGUUCAUCCAACAACAAUACAGAGAUUGAGAAGCCAAAGCACUGGACAAACAACAUACCCAAGGUUCUCAUGAUAGGUGGUGCCGUCGCCCUGGCUUGCACCUUUGACGGUGGAUUAUUGACCAAGGCUGUCAUAUUCGGCACGGCAAGAAGGUUUGCAGGGCCAGGAAGGCGGUAGGAGGAUGAAGUUGAUCACCAUAGAGCGAUAACAUGCUUAUCAUGUAGCGAAGCUAUGUGUGGGAGUGUCCUAUAAAAUCUUUUUCCGUAGCAACGCAUAACAGAGGAUAGGAUGCAAGUCAUACUUUAUUUUGUUCCGUCUAGAUAUCCUCAUGCUGCAGAUAAGGUGGUCUGCUCAUGUUAGGUCAGUUGAGAAAAUAGAUCUAGCAUUCAGAAAAGGAAGAGAAGGAAAAGAUCUAGUGCUACAAAGAAGUAUCUUUAUCAGAUCGACUAGGGCAUACUUCUGUUGCUGCAGUUUCUGAGGCUUAGAGCCAGCUGGUUAGGUUAGAACUAUAGAAUUAUGAGACAGUGUGAAGAGUUGGGAAAGAAAACAAUUGUAUGAUGUACAAGGUUCAUUUCAGAGGUGCUAUAAAAUACAGUGCUAUUUAUUUAGCAGUUAAUAACCAGAAA